UCUGGGGCUUGUAUUCUGAGGUCAUUCAAAUAACUAUAGAUUCAAGUUCCAUGAGGGAAUAGUGAGGACAAAGACUGCAGAAUCCAAUGCGCACGUUUUGAGCUCUUCUGCACACAACUACCCCCUCAAGUUAGGAAAAUACCACUUUUUGUCCCUUUCUUAGAUUUUAGCCACCUUGUACAAUGCAUUUUGGCUUCUCCUUUGCCGUUCAGUGCAAAGCUUUUCCAGUUUCUUUAACUUUCCGGUAUCUUUCAUGUCCACGUCUUGAUUCUUUCUCAUAUUCACCUCUCCACUCCCUGCUACUUUGGAUUUGUCAAGCUUUGUUCUGAUAGCAGCUGUUCAAUGUCGUCCAAGAUCGAGGGUAGUGUACCCGGGGAAGCAGCAGCGGCGGCUAGGGCAGAAUCUGUCACUCCGGUUUUCAAGAUGAAGAGAACCAGAGAGGAGCUCAGAUUGGCUCGCGGGCUGCUAGAAAGAAAGGCAUUAACAUCGUACGAGGAAGAUGAAGAGCGUGUUUUGUCAAGUGAGGAUACACUACCGUAUGCUCACGAGGCGAUGAAGGAAAUGAACGAUGUGACUGAGCCAGGAAUGCUGAACUGCAUCGAAGAAGCUGAAGAUAUCCAGUACGGCGGGGUGACGCUCGAACACGAGAACAAGGACCGACGACGUUCAGACCCUCCCGCAUAUGUCGUCAGUCAUCCGUGGCACAUUGUCGACUACCAUUUGUAUCUCUGCUCUGCUGAAAAGGGCCAGACGCUGGAGGUUCGCCGUGACAGCAUGUACCUAUUUGAUGGUGCUGAUUGUCGUCCUUUCCCGUACGAAGAGUUCGCAGAAGAUCGAGCACUGAUAUCCCAAUGCUCUCCUGGUGAUCAGCCUCAGCUUUUGUUUGGUAUCUUACCGAUAGCAGAUCGAGUGCAUUUUGCGGAGCGAAACCCUUCCUUCGGUGGUCGAUACUACGUCCUGGGUUUCGACUAUGACUGCAAAACUCUGUACGCCCGGCGCUUCGACUGGUUUCCUCAUGACCUCAGCGAUAUUUGGUGUGUCUGGGACAAUGGCAGCAAUAUGUAUACCACCACAGUCCCCGACCUCACACAGAUCAUGGAUACCAGCCUUGGGAAAGGAGGGAUGCAUGUUGGAAUGGGUAUUCUCAGUUCAAGUCCCAAUUGCUUGGCUUUGGAGUCCGACGACGACCCCGGUCUUGAGAUUAUUAUUGCUACACUGUGGUGCCAGUGGCUAUUGGACUUUAGCGGGAUUCUUUUUAAGCAGAAUGCUGUAUCCCUUCCUGACUUCCAGGCAAGACUUGGCUCCUAUGUUGAACAGGGUCGUUUGAUCCUCCAAAGGGCCUCGUACAGGGCGUGGUUUGCUGUGCGGGAUGGCCACUCGAAGGAGCAAUACAAGUACAAAACGAUGAUCAACCAGUAUACCAACGACCUAUACACCUUUGAAAAGUCCGAGCAAGAUGGUAGCUUGAAAGGGCAGAGUUGGGAAGCGCCUGGACUUGAAACAUGCAAUCAGAUACGCUACAACGAGCGCAUGCAGAGAAAGAAGCGCGUUGAGCAGCGGCUGGAGGAACUGUUCAUCGUCCCUGAAACCGAAGUCGUUCAGAGCCAAGAGACGGUACUUCAAGAUAUCCUCGCCAAAACCGAACGGCGAUCUAUAGAUCUCAAGGCAAUUAACCGAACUGAGAUACCUAGAACUCCUUCGCCGAAAUCUCGGCAGGUUUCUCCCGUACCCUCAGAACGAUGCCUCAGUCCUGGGUCUCCCGAGAUUGUCAACCCUGCCACCGAGCCGUGCAACAAGUUUGAAGUUACUGGAUGUCAUCACCUUUCGUUUUCUAUGCUCCUGGAACAGGCGCUAGAGAUGGUGCACGCCAACCCUGAGCUAGAUACGUUUGCGAACAGCGACAAGUUUGGAGAUUUGUUGGAGGAAAUGGGCAUUAGAAUUUAAUAGCCUGUGUUGGGAAUUGACAGUCAUCGUUGGAUGGUUAACAUGGAUUUGGUGCAGGAUGGCCCGGAUUCUCGUCUCCUCUCCAGCAUUCUAAUAUUAAUCGAGUGGACAGAGAACCAGGAUGAGCACCCACGGAGUUUGGGAUAUUUCUGGCGACAGUUUGAUUCAAUUUCCGGUUCACAUGUUCCCGGGGGUUCGGGCUGUUUGUUUGUUUGGCAUUUAGGUGUCACCCAUUGAAGCAAUUCUUGAGAGAUACUGAUCGGACUGCGUCUUCGAUUGCUUUGCGUCUGGGUUUUUUUUAUUCAUCCGCAUGUGGCAGUCCAUGAUGGCGUAGUUAGAGGGGAAAAAAAAAAAAAAAGAAAAAAAG